UGCUUCUCUCUCGUAUAUCGCAUCAUCACUCAUCAGUCUGCAUCAGGCUAUCAAAUCAGUCCGCGAGUGGCGACAACCAGGAGCACAGUGAAGUGAAGUCGUCGCGACCGAUUACGAGGACAGGGGAGAAAGAGGAGUAUACGUACGAUGAUGGCAAGAAGAGGUUAGCAUCCUAUAAUCUGCUACGAAUAUUGCACAUUGGCCCAAAAAUAGAAGAAAAAUAAACUCUUCACGUAAUAACGGAGAGAGAGGAUGAUGAGAGAAGGAGCGGCUGUUAAUACAUUAGUGGUGUGAAGGGAGGCCUAUAGGCGCCCAAGCAAUGGCAAGCAGCCAAGGCCCUUCAGCCGCUGCCGCCGCUGCUGCUAAUGGGCCUCCAUCAGUUGUUGUAAAGGCCGCUGAGCAGCAAGCCAACAACUUCGAGCCCCUCGACAAGAGUUCCAACACCCUUAAGCGCAAUCCUAAGAUGGAGCUGUGUAAAAAUGACUUGCUCAAGCUACUUGGCUAUCUCGAGGGUGAACUGCAAGCUCGUGAUGUUGUGAUUGCUGCACUCAAGUCCGAAAAAGUGAAACAUCUUCUAAACUCCAAAUACAGAUGUGGUACCUCAGAUCCACAAGCUGCAUUAGCAAGAGAUCAAGCUCUUAUAGGUGGUCCAUCUUGUUCCCAAGGGAACCAGAUUGAUCAGCUGGGUGCUACGCUAGAGGCAUUGGUUUCACGACAGAGGUAUAUGAAGAGUCACAUGGUUAAAGUUUUGAACAACGCUGAAUUCAGGCAUCGAACUGUUAUUAAGGAACUAGAGGAAGAGAAACAGAAACAUGAGCAUGACACUGCUCAAGGAGAUGACAUAACAUAUGGUUUGGAAAAGGAAAGAACUCGUUUAAAGAAAGAAUUGGAAAUGGAGAAAAAGGACAAAAAAAGGAUUGAAAUGGAGGCUAAGCGGAUACUCGUUAAAUUGCUGGAGGAGCGGAAAAAGAUCAUGAUGAAGUACAUUGAAGAGCGCAAACGCUCUGAAGAUCUCGCUCAGAUUCUCAGUGAAGAGAAGGUUCGUACAGAUGCUAUGGCAGAGGGGCUGGAGGAGGAGAGUAAAAAGUCGCUACAUAUGGAGGCGGAAAUGGAAAAGCAGCAAGCACAAUUCGACAUUGAGAGGUCGCAGUUCCGACAAACGACUGCCAGCAAAGACAAAAAACUGAUGGAACAGUCACAAGAGAUCGAACGACUCAAAGUUGAGAUCGAAACGUUGAAGGAACAGUUGGCGAGAGGGCAACUGAGGACUAUUGGUGUAACUCCACCACCGCCACCGGCAAAACCUGCUAAUCUAGCGGCUAUGCCAACUUUGAGGCCUGCUGGUGCUCCUGCAGCAGUAAAAGGAGCCGUUUUAGGAGCUGGCACGCCGAUGGUCAGUAGCAAAGUUGUACAGCCUACUGCUACAGUAUCUAGUGUGCCAGUUAGUGGUCCCACGACUGGCAUAGCUCGAUCCGUAACACCAGGACAGGUGCUCCGGGGUGCAAGUUUCGGUCACAGCGAAGUAGUAGCAGUAACAUUACCGCAAGAUGUAGCUGCCAAUGCCACUACCACUACUGGUACCGUAGCCGCCCCCGGCGUACAGGCCCUGCAUAAGCGGCCAUCACCAAUACCAACGCCAACACCAGCAGCAGCCACAGUAGGAACAACCGUAUCGUCAGGUGGAGUUUUAGCAGCAGCGGCAGCGAAAAAGCCAAUAGCAUCAGUAACACCAUCAGCAGUAGCAGCUGCAGCUAGAGGAGCACCGCCGCCAGUACCACCGAACAAACCGGUGGUACCGCCAAAGAAGGAAGUUGCGGCGGCUUUUCUCAGGAAAGCGUCCGAGCAGUCGGUCGAUUCACCAACAGGUGUCAAGCAGUUUGUUAAGCAGAAUACCGUUAUUGCGAAUCCUAAUGCCACGAGUGUAUUGCAGAACCAACAACAGCAGCCGCUUGUCACUGCUGACGAAGAGGCAAAAUCUCGCUGACUUUACUAAUCGACUAACAGUUCAUGAAGAUUACGGCGACGAGCGAACGUUUCAGCGACAAGCUAACGCCGCCAACUUUGCAAUACAAACAGCGAUAGCCGGAGCUGCUUUUCAAACGAAACGAACGAAUAUAAAUAUCAAAUUUCCUCGUGUAGUACCGCGAUUGAAUCAAAAAGGUAGGAUCGUUUUUAUAAUAGACGUUAUGUCGGAGGCAUGGCAAAGAGUAAAAAAAUUUAAGGUGUCAAACUUCGUAGCAAAAAGUCCUCUCCAAAAUCUAGCUUAAGUUCCUUAAACAAAAAAACAAACAAUAACAUAUACACAAACGUACACACACGAUUGACUCCUAUAGAGUCUAGGCAUUAAUUCAAGCUCUAUAUUCAAUAUUGAUUCAUUCGAGCGACAAGCAUUCAUUCAUACCACUGCCUUCAUUCCGCUCUCAAUUUAUAUAUAUACAUUAUAUAUACAUUAUUGUUUAUCUUGUAAUAAUAACACGUGCAAUGCAUUUUUCAUUGACAAAGAAAAAGAGAGAGAGAGAGAGAGAGAGCGAUAUAUGUUUCAGCAGUUGGAACGAGUGAAUACUUUCAGUUCAAACAGUAUAUCUAUACAGUUUCGUUGUUUUUUUUGUUAUUAAUUUUACCCUUUUCCUGAAAGUUGCGAAAAACUUUGUAUAACCUCGAUGUCGCUUUUACUCCCGUAAUUAUAACAAAGUUUCUCAUGCCUUCUGUGAAGGCAUCCUCCCUUCUAUUAAAAAUAAAAGCACCGAGCUAUAAAGUUCGAUUAAACGCGCGUAAAAUUAGUAGUGAAAAAAUAAUAAGCUAACAAACAUAUGUUUAUUGAAGCAAUAUAAAUGAGAUUGACUAUUGAAAAUACAAUUAAAACAAAGACAACAAGAACAAAUACUCAACAAAAGAAAAAUAACAACAAGAUAAAGUAAACUCGUAGGAUCGUAAAAUUCUAAAUGAGGUUAAGGACUGACGAGACCAAUCGUCGCUUCUAGUCGGGGAGGGGGGGUCCAGCGGUAUAUAAUUUUUUUCUGAUUAUUUAUCGUUGCUCGAAUUAUCGUAGGACAUAAGUUGAAUUUAAGUGAGUCUAUUUGUCAGACAAACAAACAGGGAAGCCCGAAAACAAGAAAGAAACUUGUCUAAAAUGUAUACUCGUAGACAUCUUAAUAGACUUUGUAAGUGACUUCUUCCCUAUAUACAUUUAUUAUACUUUUUUUUAUAAUUUGUAUUUUGUUAUGCUGCGAAUCUCGUGACUGAUUGAUUUACUUAAUUACUUCCGAUUUGAUGUUACAAGAAAAAAAUUAUUCAUAUUGGACGAAAUGAAACUUUUUGAUAUUGUCAGUCGAAUCGACUUAAGCAUAUUACUUAGCGGAAACUUAAGUAUUAUACACUAUAUGUUCUUUAUUAGUUGGAUAUUUUGUAAUGGAGUGCAAUGAUAGCAAGAGCUAAGAACAUGUAAAUGAAUGUAAAAAAAUAUGAACGACGAUAUUUGCAAAGACGGCAUUUUAUUGUCCUAUACCGUCAUCGUGAUCUCUUUUCUCAGUUGUAAAAGACUGACAUAUGUACUUGACUCGAAUAAAAUGUAUAAUUUAUUCCUUUGGCCGAAUAAUGACAUAAACUUAAAUCAUAAGUAUAUCAAUUUUUUUAUAUUUUCGGAAGAUUUGGUAUAUAAAUGUGUGCAGUGUGGACGGAGUUUUAAUCGAGUCAAUUGCACUUGGAUUUUUCUUUGUUUUCUUUUUAUUAUUUAUACUAUUAAGGCACCGUAAACAAAACAUAAUCUACCAUAGAUGAUAUCUGGUAAUGUACAGUCUUCCAAAGUUCUGGACCGGUAACUUAAACUAACACGAACAGAAUGGUAUUGCUUUGAAUUAUCACGGUAUUUUUUUCGGAAGAUUUUUUAAACAAAAUAAUAUUGUUUUCUCAUUCCUUUAUUGUUUGAAUCCUUUAUCUCCUAAACUGACUGUGUUUACGGCUCCAAAACUGUUAAAUAAACUUCAACUGUAUCAAUUUUGUAAUUAAUACGUAAUAAGAAGUUUUACGUGAAUUUUACGAUUUUUUCAUGUAAUAAUUAACAAAACUUGUAAAUAAUAACUUGAUAAUGUAGUAUGAAAUAUCUGUAAAAAUUAUAAUCAAUUAAAUGUUAAAUAAAAAUACUCGA